ACAUACCUUUAUUUAUUUAAUAAUUCUCUUUUUUCUAUGUGACAUCCUGUAACUGAGUGUGUGAAUACGUCAUCUUUCCUCUUUCCUCUCAUUAACACAGACACACGCACACACACACACACACACGCACGCACGCACACACACACACACACACACACACACACAGACAGUGUUGAGCAUCAGGAGGAUUAACAGGUUUGCUGCGGUGAAAUGAUUCAGUCCAAUCAGUCCAAUCACUGGAUCUUCUGCUGCUGCUGCUGUGCUCUUCAGACCAGGAGCAGCACAUGUGUAGAUGUGAAUAGCAGCAGACGUUCAGGGUCCAUCUGUAGGUCUCAGAAGAAGCUGCCUUACCCUCCUCCUGAUGAUGAUGGUGAUGAAGAUGAUGGGAUGAUGAAGGUGGUAGCCAUGUAUGAUUUCACAGCCAGAGAGAGUUCAGACCUGACGCUUCAUCAUGGAGACGAGUACACUAUACUUCAUAAACAAGACCAGCUGUGGUGGAGAGCCAAAGACAAACAUGGGAACAAGGGUUUCAUUCCCAGUAACUACGUCACAGAGGUCGGGACCAUAGAGGCCAACCACUGGUACUGUAAAAACAUCAACAGAGCUGAAGCAGAACAUUUACUCAGACAAGAGGGUAAGGAUGGAGGGUUUGUGGUCAGGAGCUCCAGUGAGCCGGGCAGCUACACUGUGUCAGUUUAUUCCCAGAGUUUAGGUAAAGGGGAGAUCAAGCACUAUCAGAUCAAGCAGACAGACGCAGGGCUCUUCUACCUGGCAGAAAAACAUCUCUUCAAGUCUAUCCCAGAACUCAUCAAUUACCACAAACACAAUUCAGCAGGUCUCAUGUCACGGCUACGAUAUCCAAUCGGACCGCUGGGGAAAUGUCUUCCGGCAACGGCAGGAUUUAGUUCAGACAAAUGGGAUAUCGAUCCAUCUGAAUUGACGUUCAUGAAGGAACUGGGCAGCGGUCAGUUUGGAGUGGUCAGACUGGGCAAAUGGAGAGCGCAGCAUAAAGUGGCUAUAAAAACAAUCAAUGAAGGAGCCAUGAGUGAAGACGACUUCAUAGAGGAGGCCAAGAUCAUGACGAAAAUGUGUCACCCUAAACUGGUUCAGCUGUACGGCGUGUGCAUCACCCGGCGGCCCAUCUGCAUUGUGACUGAGUUCAUGGAGAACGGCUGUUUGCUUCACUUUCUGAGACAGCAGAGUGGACAUCUGGAGCUUGUGAUGCUGCUCUUCAUGUGUCAGGACGUCUGUGAAGGGAUGGAAUACCUGGAGGAAAACAACUUCAUCCACAGAGACCUGGCCGCACGGAACUGUCUGGUGAACGAGAGGAGGGUUGUGAAAGUGUGUGACUUUGGCAUGACCAGAUACGUGUUGGAUAAUCAGUACAUCAGCUCCAUGGGCUCCAGGUUUCCUGUCAAAUGGUCUCCACCUGAAGUUCUUCAUUUCAACAAGUUCAGCAGCAAGUCGGACGUCUGGUCAUUCGGUGUGUUGAUGUGGGAGGUCUUCUCGGAGGGGAAGGUUCCUUUUGAGAAUCACUCGAAUGUGGAGGUAGUGGAGGAGGUGACCGGUGGUGGACGUCUCUACAGACCUCACCGAGCCUCUCCACAUGUCUACAACAUCAUGUACAGUUGCUGGCACGAGAGACCUGGUGGACGGCCGUGUUUCUCUGAGUUACUGCAGAACAUCAGACAGAUAACAGAGGAUACGCACACACACACAACUGAACCACAUAUGGCUCAGGCCUCCAUCACAUGACAGCUGACAUCUUUACAUCAAAUAAAUCCCAUUCAAUGUCAAUGCUUUAAGUUUUGUGAUUCAUUCUUUUAUGCCAUAAACCAGAGAUCAACACACCUGUGUGUUAUCAUCAAGCAGCCCUGAACUCGUGUUAGAGGAUUUAGGGUUAGGGUUUGAAAAAAAUAGAUAAUUGAUGUGUGUUUUUUACAAGAGACACAUAGCGAUGUAUCAAAUACU